GCCAAAGUCCCUCUAAACUCAGGACGCGGUUCACGACGCGUAUAAAGAGCGGUUGGUGAAAGUAGCAAGCUGUGCAGCAGUACGUGGCGUUCAAGGUGUUUGGGUUUCAAGGAUAUAAUCGACAUCGUCGCGUUUAGUGAAUGCGUUGCUGCUGCCUAAGCUUGGUGACAACCUUGCAGCUUUCAAACGCAGUCGAGCCUGCAUAUUGAAUGUAGCAAACCGAAAUAGAGUGCCAACUGUGCACUUGCUGCCGGUCACUGCUCCGAAACAUACAUGUCAGGAGCUCCUGUCCGAUGGCGUAUACAGAGUCGUUACGGAACGAGGCUGCGGACACCAACCUUGACGUCGCUCGAAAGCGCGCAAGGCUGAGCAACUCUCCAGCCUGCGACGACGAACCGGAGAUUGAAGCACUCGCUCCUGAGGAUAUCGGCGGUGAUCCGGUUCGGGCGAUUCAGGUAGAGGACGAGUAUACAGCGAUGGCUCACUACAGUGACAGCUUUCAGGUUUGGUCCGACCUGGAUGCCGUCAAGCAGAUCCGCUUCGCACGGAGGAAUCUCACCGGCCAGAACUACCUUGGGAUGUCAGCAUUCUUGCGGAUCGAGAACUGGAUAACCGAGCACCUCGACGACACACUGGACCACUCAAGCGAAAAGCUUCGCGAGAAAUACCAAGAAGACGAUGUAUUCUUUGCCGAGCUUGGUUGUUUCGCCGUCGAUUUGCUGCUUAACCCUGACUUCUGCCCGCGCGAGGAGUUGAUCGGCUGGGAUGAUUCAGGUGAUGACAUACAGCGUUUCUUCGCCAGUCUUGUUCGACUCAGUGUGCGACAUGUACUUCUACUGCCGGACAAGACCAAGGAAACCUUGGCCAGGCGAGAUUCGGCGCAGCACACCCCGAUGUCCAACUCUGGCCAGCAGACCAUUCCCGCCCUAGCUUUCGUACAUUUUCUUGGUCAUCUUCUUGGGACCUCCGGAAAGACGGCAGGCUUCUUCCGCGAAAUGUUCGGCGUGGAUUGGAAACGACUCAAGGACAAUUGUCGAUUCAUUGUCCAGGAAGAACAUGACCUAUGCGGGUCACUUGUCGUCGUGCUUAGUGAUUUGGUAGUGAAUGCUAACCAAAUCACGGAUGGCUGGUACGCAAUCAAAAGUAUUUUGUCGGUUGUGCGCUUUGACAACGCGCAUGCCGGUGACUCCGCAGAAGAUAUAGUCAACCUUAUCAACACUGGUGUGAUGCCAUUGAUCUGUGAGAAGCAUCCCCGCGCGUUGCCUGAGGGAUUUCAUGCUCACGUGGUAAGUGUUUGCGCUGAGGCGAUCCAUGUGCGCGCCACUUCUUCCGCGAACAGACCUGAGGAUUGCUACCGACUGUACGAACGAGUUGUGCACAGUGACGACGCUGCUCUACUUGGAGAAGGAUUUCCCAGCGAGAGCACGCUGGAGAGGUUGUGUGACAGUAAUGGGGCGGUACGUGCCGACUUGCUGAGGGCGGCAUGGCUCCUGUGCGCCUGCAAGUCGUUCAUAUUCAGCAGCAUCAUGGACAUCCGCAGCUGUGGCAUUGCUAUGCUUCGGCGUGAGCUCUGCACGUGGCUCAAAACCACGCAGUGCCCUGCCGAGGAGUCUGCGGUGCUGCAGUACGCCGCACGCUUCCUCCGACAAAAUGAACUUACGAGAUACAUCUUCAGCCCCGACUCGCACGCCAGCAUCAUCGGUCAUAGUGCAAGCAUUGUGAACUUCCUAGCUGUCACAUCUCACUACACGGAUCAGGAAAGCGACGUCAUAUGGCAGGCUUGCAUGACCAGUGUCGAGGCCGGGUUCGUAAAAGCCUCCUUCGCCGUGAUGCAGGAUGUCUGCAGAGAUCUCGACUUCGACCGACUCUUAUACGUUACUCAGAAAUUCACUACAGCAUCCGUUGACCGGAUUACGAGUGGUACAGCCGUGGACUUGCUUGGUACUUUACUCCGCUACGCGCACGGAGCUGCUUUGAACACUGGAAACGAUGAACACAUGUUGUCUCUCACGCAGACAACCUUCAAGAUCCUCUCCAGACUGCACGCAGAGAAACCCUCAACGGCUUUGUCGCGUUUGCAAGAAGCGUGCAUGAUUGAAAUUCAGACAGCAUCAACGGAGGGGUCCUCUGUCCGCUCGUAUCUGUACGGCCUGUGUGCAUCGGAGGUCGCUGCGCAAUCGGAGCUUGCCUCAGUGAGCGUUACCGUUGUAGCUGCUAUCCUGCAAUACAAUGGGCAAGUUGACCCCAAGCGGUUGCUUGACGCUUUGCCGCUCAACGACUUUGUUAGCGAGUUGUGCGCGUAUGUACGGAAAGCUAAAGGCUACAAUCUACCGACGACGACGAAGACCACGGGGGAGCUUCGUGAGCGCAUCAGUAUCGUUUUGCGGUUGCUGUCGUUCAGGGACCCGGUGGAAGCUGGUGAUAUGGACGAACGCAUUUGUCGCGUGCUUCUGCACGAAGACGCGAUUGACAACUCCAUGCGUGAGGUGGCAUGGAUAGCGCUGCGAGCCUACAUGACAUCACAGAACCGGUCGGUGGCAGCUGUGGCACACAGGCUGCGUGACUGCUUCUUCGCAACGCUGCUUGCUUCUCUCGAUGCCGCGAACGCCACGCCCGCAUUGAUUCAUCUAGCGCUCGAACGCCUGAAGUCCGAAGCGAAUGAGUCUCUACUCCAAGGUCAGUUGAUGCAAAUGCUGGACGCUCCGGCGUGGAACAAGCUAUUCCAGAUCGCUAUAGACAGUUCCGACGCGGCCAUUGCGCAGGGCGCCGCAAAUGCUCUUUGCGUUUUGUUAUUUUCCUGGCCGCAAGAUACCAACAUCAACGAAAGCAUUGCAGAUUGUCAGAUACGCUUCGUUGGAAAGUUUACCGACUGGCUUUGUGCCGAGUUCUCACAAAUGUCCGAAGAAGAUGCGCAGUUACGGAGGUUUACCCAGGCUAUAAACGUGCUGGGGACCGUACUGGAGGCGAGCAGAAAGCAGCCAUCCCGCCACCAGCUUCGUACAUCAAUGGAGACAUUAACUUUAGAGGGUAGCGACGUGGAUCCGCAAGCAUUUACCUGCUCGUUGCAGAUCUACUCGCCCCAAGAUGGCCGUAUUGUGAGGACUGUGCAAGCGAUGGCAACAAGUACAGUCUCUGAACUCUCUGGACUUCUUUCAAGAGUCUCGGGCACGAAGCAUAACCGUGUUGUCGUCGGCGGUAGGCUUGUUAACCUUGAGCGAGAGGCUACACAGAAGCUGUCGGAUGUCGGAAUCGAAGCUUCAGGUGUGAUCAUGAUCUGUCCAGUGUACACGGCAGAAUGUGAACUUGACACAGUGUUAACAAAACUAGGUCCACUUGAGCGAGAAAUGCUGGCGCAGUAUGAUCGCUUCGAAGUAUUCUUAGAUGGACCGGUGACGAUUGCCAGACGCACGUUCGAUCUGCUCCGCUCGGUCAGACCAUCGGCAUCCACACGCUUCAGAAUCUGCUCCUCAGACAUGGACGUGGAGACGCUAUUACCGUCGCACUCACCAUACAGGACCAUUUCCACCGCACACGUCUUGGCUACCAACCUGGCAGACUUCGCACGCGUUGGGGUGGCCAACGGAGUUUUCAUUGCCCGAGGCGUGCGUCUACUCACGGCUUGUCUGAUGGAUCACACUAGACCUUUCGAAGCUACGAUCCUGGAGCCCAUUGUGACCUGCAUGUGUAGCUUUUUACAAGAGCGGCCCCCAGAAGCAACGUCUUACCCAUACUUCGAAGAUGCGACCAGCCUUGCAAGGCGCCUCAUUGGACUCCUGGAGCUGACGAUGCAGAUGCCCAACAACAGUGCUACCGGACCGUCGCCCUAUCGAACACGGCUAGCUUCAGCUUUGUACAGCCUGGUCCUGGAAGCGUCGCGGAUUGAUGGCUGUGUGUGGCGCAGCUUCACACGAGACGAUCGCUUUAACGACUUACACGCCUGUGUGCUGCUCGACAGAGAGCUACUUCAUGCUGGAAACAUCGUGAACCUGGUCAACAGUUUCUGCUUCGAGGAGACCACCCCAGAAGGUGCCUUGGCAUCUUAUUGGCAAGCGAUCAUCGCAACCAUCCCUUUGGCCAUGAAGAGCGCGUUCGGUACGACGGCUUUCUUCAAUCUUGCAAAUGACGUGCUCAGCCGGCUUGACGAGAACGAAAAGACAGAGCAGCAUCUCCGUGAUGUUAUUCAGACUAUGUGGCAGCACCUACGAACCUAUAGGCACGCAGAGUGUGUGGAGAGUCCAUUCUCCGACGAGACCAUUGGCGGAUUGCUAAGGCUGCUCGAGGCCGCUGUAAAUGCGUUGAAGAGCUUCAAGAAGCCACUACACCUCCACGGACUGGCGGUAGAUCUCAUGGAUAGCCUUCUGUUCCCGGAGCCUGCACGCGAACCACGAACACCGCCAUUACUGCAUGAGCACUCCAGAUCGCUGGUCUAUACCCUCCUCAGAGCAACGAGCGAGACGGUGUCAGAUUACAAUGCGCUGGCCAACAAGGCUGCAGACUCAAUGGACGCCUUACCAUCUGCAAUGUUUCCAGGCUUCGUUGGGUGGAUGCGGCAGCCCAAUGUCUGUGCGGGACUCGUCAAUCUGGGAAUGACCUGCUACAUGAACUCUUUGUUGCAGCAACUCUUCGCCAAUCUUGCAUUCCGCCGCUUUCUGUUCGACACGCCUGUGUCGGAUCCAGUGAAGCAGAACUUCCUGUCGCUCGUCCAAGAGCUCUUUCUCGAAAUGCAGGACUCUCUGCUGCCGUGGAUCAACCCAUCCGCCUUGGCCACCGCUCUCAACGUACACGUCGACAGUCAGGAGGACGUGCACGGAUUCUAUUCCACGUUUCUGGAGGUCUUGCAGACAAGCAUGCCGGAUAGCGAGCACGUUAAAGCACUAGCGAGCUUCUAUGGCGGAAAACUGAUUUCUCAGGUUAAAGGUGAGUGCGGUCAUGUCUCCUCGCAGACCGAAGCUUUCACCGAGCUUGCAAUUACCGUCAAGAACAAGGCGAGCCUGCGCGAAAGCCUCGAUGAGUUUGUGCAAGGGGAGCCAAUGCAAGGCUCUAACAAGUACCGAUGCCAGUCCUGCGACCCCACUGAGGGUGGGCGGCUUGUGGAUGCAAUGAAGCGGACAUGUCUUGACGAAACGCCAGACAACUUGACGUUCUGCCUCAAGCGCUUUACCUUUGAAGCCAUGAUGGGUCUGGAGGGAAAGGUCAACGAUCGGUUUGACUUCCCAAGCGAGAUCGACAUGGCACGGUAUCAACGCACGCACCUCGAAAAUCCGUCCGCUGAGGUUGUGCCUGAUAUGUUUGACCUUGUGGGUGUCAUUGUGCAUCAAGGCUCCCUGGAGUAUGGGCAUUACUGGUCUUACGUACGCCUGGCAGCUUCCGGGGAGCCGGCAAUCUGGGUUCAACUCGAGGACAAGAAUGUGAGACCCUGCAGGAACGUUCAGGAGGUUACGGAGCAAUGUGCGGGCGGCCUGCUCCAUCCGAACGGCAUGCCUAGGGCCGACAGUGCCUAUGUCCUGUUCUACAGAAGGCGCAAAGCUCACGAGAUACAAGUUGAGCUGACACAAGAGCCCCAAGCCUCGCCGUAUGACGUGCGACUUACGCCACCUCGCGUUCAGGCACCGCUCGAGGCAGCGCAAAGCCUCCUAGCGGACAAUUACUGGCGUUGGCGGAUCACUCAUCUCUUCGGCCAGCAAUUCUCCGACUUCAUGACGUGGCUGCUGAGCACAAGGCCGGGAGGCGUCCAGCUGGAAAGCCCAAACAUCGACAGCCCAAACAUCGACAGCCCCAUGGAAACUACCAUGAACGCUGUCACUUCCGGUCUGGUACAUGCCGCCUCCCGCUACCUCCUUCGUAUCGUUGGGUCUGAAGCCGAGCCCGCACGGAAGACAAGAGCCUUCUUCAAGACCAUAACGGAUGUGCAGUCUUGCGACAUGCCACACUCCGUCUUCCAGAAGGAGUUCGUUGUACACGCGGUCAAUGAUUCGCUCGCUCAUCUGGCUCAGCUCUGGAGGCAUGAGGACCGAACCUACCGGGCCAUCGUCUCUCAGUAUGUUGCGCAAUGCCUUCAGGAACUUGCGACAAGCCAAGACUCACGAUAUGCGACGGUGUUCGAAACCGUCCUAAAGCUACAUGCCUCGUACUUACCUGAGCUCGAUGAGAUCAAUCAAGUUUGGCACGAGUAUCUUGGCUUCGUUACAUCUAUGGCUACGCUAGGUCCCAGGGAGACUUUACGUGUACUGAUGGAAGGUUACUUGGAAGCGGCUUGGCUGCUGAUGUACCAGCAGCGGAGUCCCGGGAGUGCGAAGCGGUCUAACAUAAGCACCGAGAUCUCGAUCAGCACCAACGAGUUCAGCCUUACGGUCAUCUUCGAGCUGAUUGUCGGCUUGUUGAACAAGCACGUUAACCACAACUAUGUUACCUUCAAGCAGGAGGAUGACGAGCCCUAUUCGUUCGAGAAUGGCAAAGUCCAUCUUCGCCCGCGCGAUAUUCGCAUGCUCACGCUGGAACAAAACGGAGAGUGGUGCCUUGCUAAUGUUGCGCUGCAUCGCUGUGGCUUUGCAAAGAAAGAAAGCUGGCUAGACUGGGCGCCUAGCAGACUGCUUCGUGUACUCGCAGAGUGUGGCUCUCAGGACUUUCGCGCCCUGGUCGAGCGAACUUUGUUGAUGCGUUGCGACCAAGAACAGUAUUACGUGGAGCCCGUACUGCGAUUGGCACUCAGCUACUGCACUGCCACGAAGCAUCAGAGCGCCAACUUCAUCAAGGCUUUCAGCCAACCUCUAUCUGGCUGGAAGGAUCAUUCCGACCUGGAGAUGGUCCAGUGGUGGACCGGUGUUGCUGCAAUCGUGCGGAGACCAGCUAUUGACAGUGCCAUCGACUGGGCUUCGAACGGUCUCAAAAUCAAAGAGCCCGUCAGAAAGCUGACGAUAGGCUUUCUUUCGGCACACGUCUUCGCUGACGCGCACCCCAAGGCUGUUGAGACCGCUUCGCGUAUUAGGGUGUCAAGGGUGCUGGCUGAUCAAUGCCUACCGGAACUGAAGCAAGCUUACAAUCAGGAGCAUACGUGGCCAUAUCUGGCGGACAUGCUCCAGGUUAUGAUGAUGGAAGCAGAGUGGCUGAAGAAUGUUCAUGAGAAGAUACGGUUGGUAGAGGAGGCCGGCCAAACCACCGUUCUUGGGCGCGAAGUGACGACUGAGUACGCAGAGUCGAAACGUACGCUUGUCGCUUUGACACAGACACUUGAGGAUCUGAAAGACUGGGAGGUAGGUGCAAUGGUGACCAUGUCAGCUGUCGACCGAUCUGGCUCCGUGGUGAUUCGCAUGGCUCAUGAGGGUCUUGAUGAUGCCGAUCCCGAAAGCGAUACAAGCUUGACGGGCGGCUACGAUGAAGAUGAUUAUGUGUGAUGGGAAACGAGGCGAUAAUGAAUGCAUGAGCGUGGUAGCUGCGACAAGGACAGCGACAUACAGCGAGGCGCGCAGAUCAAUGCUGGCCUAUGUAGGUAUUGAUGACGGGAAUGUACAUCGGUACAGCUUGCAAUAUCGUAGCCUUAGAUGCGAACGGUAGUGCGGCAAGAGUAGUACAGCCUCGAUUAUCUGUG